CUCCUGGACCCGGGGCCUCUGUCGCCCCCAUUGUUUCGCCAGAUCCUGGGUCCGGCCAAGAAGCAUAUGAGCUUGAUCUCCCUCUUCGUAUUUAUUGGAGGGGGAGGUACUGGAGCAGCGCAGUAUGUGUUGCUCGUGGCAUUGUUCAAUCCAGGUGUCAGUUGGGAUAAGAAAAAUAACCCAGAACCCUGGAACACACUGGGUCUCCAUGACCAAUACAGGUUUUACUCGGUGAAUGCAGAUUACGGCAAACUGAAGAAAGAAGGUCCAGACUUCUAA